GAAUGGCGCGGCCUCGGGGCCGGUAGCGCGGCGGCGGGCACCGCGGGAAAGCCAUGGCCCGCCGGCGCCGCCGCGCCUGCAUCGCCCUCUUCCUGGUGCUGCUCUUCGCUUUCGGCACGCUCAUGGGGUUGCGCACGCUCAAGGCCCCGGACGGGCUGCCGGCGCUAGGCCCGGGCCCGGAGCUAGCACCCUUUGAGCGGCGUCCGGAGGGGAACCCUGCGCCCGCCCGCGCCCCGGCUGCCCCCGCCGCGCCGCCGCCCCCGCCGCCGCGCACCAUCGCCCCCCGCGCCUCGGUGGGCCCGGCCGAGGCCGAUCCCGCUCCCCGGCAGAGCCUGCGCGUCUACUCCGACCUGCACGCCUUUUAUUACUCGUGGUACGGGAGUCCCCGGCGCGAGGGCCACUACAUCCACUGGGACCAUGUCAUGGUGCCGCACUGGGACCCCAAGAUCUCGGCCAGCUACCCGCGUGGCCGCCACAGCCCUCCAGAUGACUUGGGCUCCAGCUUCUACCCGGAGUUGGGGCCUUACAGCUCCCGGGACCCCGACGUGCUACGAGAGCACAUGACCCAGCUCAAAGAAGCCGCCAUCGGAGUUUUGGUUCUCUCCUGGUACCCUCCUGGCAUGGCUGAUGAUAACGGGGAGCCCUCAGAUGACCUGGUACCUGCCAUUCUGGAUACUGCCCAUCAGUACAACAUCCAGGUGGCCUUUCACAUCCAACCUUACAAGGGCCGGGAUGACGUCACUGUCCAUGACAACAUCAAGUACAUCAUUGACACGUACGGCUCCCACGGCGCGUUCUACCGUUAUAAGAACAGCAUGGGCAAGAGUCUCCCACUCUUUUAUAUCUACGACUCCUAUCUGACAUCCCCUGAGGCCUGGGCCCAUCUCCUGACGCAAAACGGGCCUCACUCGAUCCGCAACACUCCUUAUGACGGGGUCUUCAUAGCUCUGCUGGUGGAAGAGGGCCACACUCAUGACAUCCUUGCCGCAGGAUUCGACGGAAUGUACACCUACUUUGCCUCCAAUGGCUUUUCCUUUGGUUCCUCCCAUCAGAACUGGAAAGCUGUGAAGACUUUCUGCGAUACCAACAACCUGAUGUUCAUUCCUAGCGUGGGGCCUGGGUACAUCGACACCAGCAUCCGGCCCUGGAACAACCAUAAUACUCGGAACAGGGUCAAUGGCAAGUACUACGAGACAGCCCUGCAGGCAGCCCUGACCGUGAGACCUGAGAUCGUCUCCAUCACCUCUUUCAACGAGUGGCACGAGGGCACACAGAUCGAGAGGGCUGUUCCCAAAAAGACGCCUACUCGCCUGUAUUUGGACUACCUGCCUCACAAGCCCGGCUUGUAUUUAGAGCUGACCCGCCGCUGGGCAGAGCACUUCAUCAAGGAAAAGGAACAAUGGCUGAUGUGAGGGGCUACCACCCAAACCUCGACAGGUCGCCAUGCUGGUUCAGCUGAGGACAUGGGCACUCACUAGUCCCAAGCAGCAACUGGGUGCUUGUGGGUGGGCCAGCCAGCUCAUGGAGAACAGAGCGUGGCCCCCGGACUUGUGGUGCUGGGAGGCCAGGCAUGAUGAAGGGAGAGGCUGGCAAGUGGCUGCAUGUGACUCAAGGCAGCUCCACAGCCCUCUGAGCCCUCACCUGUGGCAGGUAGUUGUUAGUGGAGUCGUGCAGGCCACUGUGCUUAGAAGGGUCUCAGGGCUCUGAGCUGGCAUGCACCUUAUUUCCUCUGGACAGCCUACAUCUCCUCAGGCCACCUGCCCACGUCUUGCUGAACACAGGGAACCAUAUUUGACUAUUCUAAGAAGGGGACUGUAAGGUCCUUCCAGUGUCCCAUUACCAGGAAACACGGAGCACCCACACUCAUCACUAAGGGAAUUCAAGCAAGUUCCCUUCCCAAAGCUUACAGGAUCCCGCUUUUGGUGUAGCUAGCACCCUGGCUGUUUUGCUCUUUGCAGCUACAACCAGGUCUGGGAGCUCAGCUAUUUUUCUUCCAAGAAAAUACCUCUGUGCUUCAGAGCCUUUCCCAGAUGAACAUUUAGCCGCAGAAGGCAGGGAGGGACAGGACUAGGUCACCCACUUCCUUCAGCCACUUAGGCUGGGGAGGCCACUCACUAGGGUAACUUGCAGUGCUACUGUGAUUUGUAUUAAAUAUGAAAUGGUGUUUGCCAGUACACAUUCCUCUUACAGCCUCAUAAACGCCGACUUGCAGGUCAGUCUGUGAUAAAUUAGUGUAUGGCUGGGCUGGCUAGUUUUAGCACAAUGGAGAUGGGUUUGCUUGAGACUAGUUUACAUAAAAUUUCUAGAAGGAAGUUAGCAAGCCAGUGAUUAUUUACAAGUAAACUAAUACUAACUGUGAAGAUCCUUGUUAAAGUAAGACACAAUAUUUUCAGUAAGAGUCUCAAAAUACACUUGGAAAGAAAAUGUUCACUGGACUAGUUUACAGGGUAAGGCUGAAGCAUAACUGGAAAAUAGAUGCAAGUGGGGGAGGAUGAGUGGAAUACAGGUCAUUCCAAGGACAACCAGCCCAGUCACUGAUAUUAAACCCCACUUGACAAAUAUGCAGGGCUGACCACCCAAGCCUGUAGGUUAGUUGAAAGGGCUGGACUUAACCAGUGGUAUUUUUAUUUUGUGCAAAUACAAUUUGAAUAUAGCAAGGCAGCAGGAAGGGGCAGACAUCAUCAAUGAAACCUGACUCCAAUCCUCUGAAGGCUAAUCUACAUCAACAGCCAUAAUGCACAUAUACACUCUGACAGAGAAAUCCUAAGGAAAUAGUUCAAAAGAAAAAUAAACCAUUUACAACUGUC